AUGGUUUUCCUCCACCUGGAUGAAGAUACGCUCGUCCUCAUUUUUCGAUUUUUGCCAGUCUCGUCGUUCAUCGCCCUCCGACAGACCUGCAAGCGGCUGGAGAGCAUCUCCAGAUUGCGCUUCAUCUGGCGACAUGCGUGCAUUGACCAAGUGCUGUCCCGGGGCUAUCCCUUUCCCACCCGUCAGCUCGCCACGGCCUCUUCCUCCGAGCUUGAACGACUCGUUAUCCAUGCUCUACGCCUCGGCUCACUUUGGACCAGCCCAGGAGAAGAGUCAUAUCCUCAACCGCUCGAGUUUCAGGCGAGCACAGGGACGGGCGUUUCGCACGUCCAGUUCCUCCCAGGACAUGGUGGGCGAUUUGUUGUGACAGUCUACAAGGGCAUAUGGUCGAUGAUCACCUGCUGGGACAUCGGCGACGUUUCCCGACGUUUGACGCACAACGCGCGCAAGCUCGGUGACUGGUGUCCCAAGAACACGAUCUUUGCCGGCUUCGCGGUCAACUCGGACCCGGAUUCCAUCGCCGCAUUGGCAGUCGCCGUGCAGCACGGAGGCGGGACCCAGAGCAUCGAGGUGCUGUCAGUCUCUACCGAUGAUGGCACGUCGUGUUUCCGAUCUAUCUGCAACAUCGCUACGACGUUCCGACCGGUCGCAUUGCAAGGGGACCUGAUCGCGUUCAGCGACGACGCUUCCGAGACCAUUAUCAUGAACUGGCACGAGAACACCUUUGCUAUGCUCAAAGGGUUCCAACGCCCAGUUGAUGAGCAUUUUCAAUACAAUCGCUGCCUGCAGAUCUUUUUUGCGUACAAAAGCGUCCUCGUCGUUCGUGCGCGUUCAGUAGAGUUGUUUGCAGAACCCGAGUUGCGUCCAGCCGGCGGGGACUGCACAACAUACCACCCCAUCGGCUUCCACACGUUCGGCUGGAUCGAUGGCGUCGCUGUCAAUGCCCAGAAGGGGCCGCUCAUCGACGCCGAGGGACUUGCGCGUCCUCUAGGUCACGAGCCACUAUCUAUCCUCUUGCGCUCGGAGAGUGACGAUCCAUGGGCAUCGGACGUGCACAAGCUGGAGCAAUACAUACUCUCCCCAAACCCAGCCUUCGACGACCUCUCGGGAUUGCCCCGCGCAUAUCAUUCCGGGCAGCCAAACGAACAUCCCGUCACGGAAGACGUCGAGCCCCCCGCACCCUACCUCUUCCCGCCCGUCCGCGCCGAACACACCUCUCCCACCGUCCGCGGCUUCCUCCGCUGCAGAGACAUCGCCCUGGGGCCCUCCGGCACCGCGCUCUGGAUCCAGCCACGCGCCGCACGCACCGCGCACCUCACCGGGCUCGACGUCCACUCGUCUCUGACUCAGAUUGCGGACGUCAUGAACCCCGACUACCAGCACCCCGAAGACGUCCCGCUCAACCCCGGGGACCCGCAUCGACCGACGGGUCGCGCGCGCAUCGCGGAGUCGUUGUGUGCGGCGGUGUUCGCGGGGCCUUUGCAGAGGCGUCAUCCUGAGAUGCAGACGCAGGCGAGAACGCUGUGGGUGCAGGGGAAGGAAGGGUGCAAUUGGACGGCGGUUGACUAUGACGAGGAGGCGGGGCGGGUCGCGCUUGGGUCGAGCGAUGGGAGUGUGACGGUCUUGGGUCUCGUAUAG